AAUUUGCAGCCAAGAAACCGAUCAGGAUUUGAUUAUGAUUUCUUUGUCAUUUAUUGCGAUAAGGACCGGAAAUGGGUGUCGUACAGCCUCCUUGACCAUUUGGAAAAUACGAGAGGUUUCAAAGCAUUUUUCGAUCAUCGUGAUUUUGAACCUGGUAAGACCAUAAUCGACAACAUCGAAACGGCUAUCAAGAAGAGUUAUAAAUUCAUAUUAGUUAUCACACCGGAUUUUAAGAAGAGCAGUUGGUGUCAGCACGAAACACAGGCAGUUCUCACUGCUGCACUUAACAAAAAGGAAAAAGGCUCGAUUAUUCCAAUUGUUAAAGAU